AUGGUCAGAUUACAAAAUGACCAAGUAUCAAAAUGCCCAGUUUCGAAAUGUCAAUUUUUCAUAAUGCCCAUAUCUUAUAAUUUGAUAGAUGAAGAAAUCGGUGGUCAUGAUGGCAUGGAAAAAUUUGUAGAGACUGAUUGCUUCAAGCAACUAAAUGUUGGAUUUGUUUUGGAUGAGGGGCUUGCAAGUGAAAAUGAUGUUUAUCGUUUAUUUUAUGCAGAACGUUGUGUUUGGUGGUUUAAAAUAAUAUGUCCUGGAUCGCCUGGGCACGGUUCUCGAUUUAUUGAAAAUUCUGCCGGGCCAAAAUUGACUUCAAUUCUUCAAUCUGUUAAUGCUUUUCGUGAACAACAAAGAAAAAAGUUGGAAGAAAAUUCUGAUAAAUUAAAUUUGGGCGAUGUGACGAGUAUUAAUUUGAGUAAAGUUGAGGGAGGUGUUCAAACAAAUGUUAUUCCUUCUGAAUUUGUUGCUUAUUUUGACAUGCGCAUUACACCGACCGACGACUUUAAUACAAUAGAAGAAAUGAUUAAAAAUUGGUGUAAAAAUGCAGGGAAGGGAGUUACUUAUGAAUUUUUACAAAAAGGUUUAUGCCGCAAACUAACGCCUACGGACACUUCCGAUCCUUGGUGGAAUGCUUUGACUAGUGUUUUUAAAGAAGAAAAUUGUAAAUUCCAAAAGGAAAUAUUUAUUGGCGGAACAGACGCCAGAUAUUGCCGAGGGGCUGGAAUUCCCGCUAUUGGCUUUUCUCCAAUGAUUAAUACACCUAUACUUUUACAUGAUCACAAUGAAUAUUUGAACGAAAAUGUGUUUUUGGAGGGUGUUCGUUUAUAUACAAAAAUAAUUCCGAGAUUGGCUAAUUUGGAAGAAUUUAAAUGA